AUGGUCCGCAUCGCCAAGGCCCUGGGGUUGGUUAUCCUGUGCGUCGCCGUGCUCAUCCUGUCCCUCAUCAGCUACGUGUCCCUGAGGAAAGACAGCCUCUUCGCCUCCUCCAAAUACUACAUGGGAGGCCCGCGGAUCAUGUUUCACGCAGGAUUUCGGUCUCAGUUCGCCUUGAAUUUCCUGGACCCGUCCUUCAUACCAUUAACCAAUGCACUAAACGAAGAGCUGCAAGGAAAAUCUGCCAAGUGGAAGUUCAACAAGACGGCUUUUUCUCAGUUGAGGAAAGAUAUCUUCAGCUACAUCGACAUUCCCAACAACUUCUCCCUCACGAAGAACAGCGUGCGUGUCGGACAGCUGAUGCACUUUGACUACUCCAGCCACAAGUACGUCUUCUCCAUCAGCAAUAACUUCAAAUCCCUGCUCCCAGAUGCCUCUCCCGUCCUCAACAAGCACUACAGUGUGUGUGCGGUGGUGGGAAACAGCGGCAUCCUGACGGGCAGCCACUGCGGCCCAGAAAUCGACCAGGCCGACUUCGUCUUCCGCUGCAACUUCGCCCCCACAGAGGUCUACUCCAAGGACGUGGGCAGGAAGACCAACCUGACCACCUUUAACCCCAGCAUCCUGGAGAGGUACUACAACAACCUGCUGACCAUCCAAGACAGGAAUAACUUCUUUCUCAACCUGAAGAAGCUAGAGAGCGCCAUCCUGUGGAUCCCGGCCUUCUUCCUCCAUACCUCAGCCACAGUGACCAGGACCUUGGUGGACUUCUUUGUGGAGCACAAGGGUCAACUGAAGGUCAAACUGGCCUGGCCUGGAAACAUCAUGCACGAUGUCAAUAAAUACUGGAAGACUAAAAACCUCUCUCCCAAACGUCUCAGCACUGGAAUCCUCAUGUACACGCUGGCUUACGCCAUGUGCGACGAGAUCCACCUCUACGGCUUCUGGCCCUUCGGCUGGGACCCCAACACGGGCAACGAUCUGCCUUACCACUACUACGACAAGAAAGGGACCAAAUUCACCACCAAGUGGCAGGAGACCCACCAGCUGCCCAGCGAGUUCAAGCUGCUCUACAAGCUUCACAGGGAAGGUGUGACCAAACUCAGCCUGACACACUGCGCAGCGUAG